GACUUAACUGCAUUUAAAUCCCCGCUUGAAGUCCGAUACGAUACGGAAAACCGGAAGAGGAGGGAAAAGUAACUGCGUAUAAGCAGAAGAAGCUCAGGGUUUUGCGAGGAGGGGGAAAAAUAAGGCGCAUAAAAAGAUCUUAGUGGCGUCACGGUGUAAAUUGCAGGAACAUGGUGCGAAUCGCACUGUUGGAUGGUGCGGAGGAAUGUGCAGUGAGCUUUGUGGAACAUUCGCAGUUUGGUAGGUAAAGUUUUUGUUCUAGUUCGAGUGGCGGAACGCUCAGGGUUUUAGUUCAGGAAGGGUUUGAUUUUUUGUUUGUCGGGAGAUUCGAACCCCGGGUUUUUGGAGGUGUGAUAGAGAUGGCAGGGGCAGGAGCGGAGUCUCCUGUAGGUGUGGCGGAGUCUCGUGCGAAUGGGAAAGGUCCCGACGAGGUUAUUGAAAAGGCAACGGCUAUUGAACACAAGGGGGGAGUUGGAGAUGAGAAAGUGGAACAAGAUGAGUUGGAAAUCUCGAAGGGAGAAACAGGAAACGAAGCGGAAGGUGAAAAAUCAGGUGUCAGGGAGGGCAUGGAAGCUGACGAGAGUGUCCUUGAUGAGGCCGUGAAGAGUGAAGGGAAAGCAAAUCAAGUUGAGACGCCGAAGAAAAAGCGGGGUAAAGCUCAGGUUUUGAACAGUCCUAGCAAGGGAGGAGAGAGUACGGCUAAGGAAUCUAGAAAGAGAAAAGCCAGGGAAUUCACUACCACGCCUUCUGAUCGUCCAUCAAGAGAAAGGAAGAGUAUUGAGCGCUUUGUUGCUUCUUCUGAAAAGGAGACUUCCAAGGAGAUUGCUAUUGAAAAGGGCAAGGGCUCAUUGCUUAGAGACAUUCCAAAUGUGGCAUUUAAAGUAUCCAAGCGGAGUAGGGUUGAUGAACAUGUGAAAACUCUUCACAAGAUUCUUUAUGGAAGACGGGUAAAGGCGUCUCAAUUGAAAAAUAACAUCCUGCAAUUUUCUGGCUUUUUAUGGGCUGAAGAUGAGGAAAAGCAAAAGUUGAAGUUGAAGGAUAAACUUGAUAAGUUGAACAAAGACAAUUUAUUGGCCAUAUGUGAUAUCUUAGAUAUCCAUGUCAUAAAAACAGGAAGCAAGAAGGAAGAGGUAGUGGUAAGACUAAUUGAGUUUCUGGAGGCUCCCCAUGUUACUACAGAUGUUUUACUCAAAGAGCAAAUUGAGAAGUUAAAGGCAAAAAAGAGAAAGAAAAGGAGCAAAGGAACCCCUGGGAAAAAAGCUGGAAAAUCAUCAGGAAAAAGUCCUCGCAAGAGACAAAAGAAGAGUGUUGGAUCCAAAGAAGAGAUUGACCGAACAGAAGAGAGUGAAGGUGAUGAAGAUGUAGAAGAGGAAAAUGGAGAGAAAGAAAGUGAUAUAGGAGAGGAAGAAGACACUCCUGGAAGUGAGAAAGAAGCAGAAGAGGAAGAGGAGGAUGAUGAAGAUUAUGGAGUAGCUAAAAAAGGUUCAAAAAGCUCAACGAAGAAACAGUCAAACAAAAGGAAGCGUAAUAAUAAAAAAAACUUGGAAUCAAAGGGCUUGGAGUCCUCUCCAAAGAAGGGCUUGAGGAGUCCUAAAAAAGGCAGUAAUUCUAAAGCCUCUUCUGGUAGUGCAGUUUCUAAUCCUAAAAACUCCCCUACAUCUAAGGUGUUCUCAAGAAAAACCAAAAAAGAAAAAGUUGAAGUGAAUAAACCUGUUUCAGAGGGUAAGAAACAGGGUAGGAAACAAGCAAAUGCUUCAGCGAAUAAAUCCAACAUGAAAGAGAAAGAUGGCAAAACUAAGGCAAAGGGAAAGCCAGACACAUCAGAUCCCUCUGAUGUAGAACUCCGUUCGGCAAUUUCUGAGAUUCUAAAAGGAGUAGAUUUUAACACAGCAACGUUUACUGACAUAGUUAAGCGAUUAGCUGGUCAAUUUGAUAUGGAUUUUACAGAAAGGAAAGGUCAUGUCAAAGUUCUGAUUCAGGAAGAAUUGAGUAAGCUUGCAAAUGAAGGUGAUGACGGUGAUGAUGACGAGGAUCAGAGCACAGGUGCAGAGGGGAAUGCUGAAAAAGAUGAGUCUGAUGAUCUGACAGGUCAAGUUGUGGAGGCUGAGUAGCUUGCAUAUAGAAAAGUUAUGUUGCCUCAUGAGCACACUAAUUGGCUUUAGUUGCUGUUGUAACUUGAUUCACUGUACUUGAAUUGGUAAGAAAGGUGGUGUUUGUACAUGCUAACAAAUUUUGUAAUUUAUGCCAUAUGUUGCCUUAGAUUGCAAGGAUUGAUGUAGAUUAAAAAGGGUUGUGUAAGACAGCAUGAAAUUUCAUGGUAUCCAUGGAGAAUCAUGACGGUCAGUCGCUCUUGUAGAUGCAUUGCUGCAUACAUCACAGUUUAGUUUAGAUCUGGUAAAUCAUUCUAUUUGCAUUUAUGCUUUUUCUGAAUUGAACUGUAUAAUUACGAACACCUGAAUUGUAGAAGCUAUAGGCCAUAUUCUUUGUUAAUGCACAUUUCUAAUGGGGAAAGUGUGCCCUUCUUUUAAGUAA